CCUGUCCUGGUCAGCAAUACCCUCAAGACAAAAUUGGAUCACUUUGUGGGACGUUGCUGUGCCGCGUUCACCCACACGACACACAGGCACAUUCACUUUUACAGUACGUUCCGCUGAAGCCCUUUGCGACGACCCUGAUGUGAUGAUGAGCUUUUGUCAAAUGCGAGAACGAACGGUGAACUCUGCUGUUAAAAGAUAAUCGUGCCUGUGGCCAAAUGAUCAAAAUGUGUGACAAGCCUCUAUGGGAGCAGAUUGGAUCCAGCUUUGUGCAACAUUACUAUCAAAUAUUUGACACAGAAAGGAGUCAGCUAGGAUUAAUAUAUAUUGAUGCAUCAUGCCUUACUUGGGAAGGACAGCAGUUCCAAGGUAAAGCUGCUAUUGUGGAUAAAAUAAAUGGCCUUCCAUUUAGAAAAAUACAACACAUCAUAACUGCACAAGACCAUCAACCCACACCAGACAGCUGCAUUCUGAGUAUGGUAGUAGGGCAACUUAAGGCCGAUGAUGAUCCAAUUAUGGGAUUUCACCAGAUAUUUCUACUGAAAAAUAUUGAUGACUCUUGGGUCUGCACCAACGAUGUCUUCAGGCUAGCACUGCAUAACUUUGGCUGAGACUACCGCCUAAGCCGAUCGCUACAUCCACUCUUCUCGUCUGCUAUUAAUCACAGUAACUGGAUUCCAAAUAUCAUACACAAGGGUGUACAAACAGUAAAAUUUGCAACCUGCGUAGUUUCUAAUCACAGUUUGUUUGAAUUUAACUAUUUGUGCAUGAUGUUUGGAAAGACGUUAGUUUUAGCUGACAUGGGAAAGACAGUACCCUAGUGUGUGUUGUACCAGCAUGCCUUAGAAGAUAAGUCAUACCACACUUUUUUUCCCUAUGUACUGGUAAGUUGCUAUAGCAAUCCAAAGAACCAAAAUGAAUAACAGCAGCUACCUGUAGAGUCCAACCUUUUGAUUUGUUCAUACCUUUUGUUGACGCAUUAUACAAUAAACCAUGAACUUUUCUUAAGAUGGAAAUGGUUUCAUUUGGUUUGCUGGUUGGUUUUAAGGUCUCUUUUUCUUCUCCCUUCCCCCCCCCCCCCCAUUUGUUUGACCUAUCUGAGGGCACAUUGCUGUUGGGAAUUGUCUGUGCUGAUAUGGAGGUUGAGGUUGCUUGAAUCAAAACUCAAGUGAACCUGAACAGAACCAUUCAGAUCUGACUUGUGUAUCAUGAACUAACUUUCAGUUUUACUAAACAACACAUUUACCUGAUCCUUGGAGAACAGAAGAACAAAUCAAGGCUUUAAAACAACUUUCAGCCUUUUACAGCUGUGCAUGUCAUAUUAACUUAGUUGCAAUUUUAUCCACUGUCCUAGUUGAAGAGUCCUAGUGCUCAAACUUUUCAAAUUUGAAAGUUUCAGUAAAAUAGGCAAGUGCUUGGAAUAUUUGGUGGGACUUGUCCUGGAUGCUUUCUCAUUGUACUUUAAAUUGUUUUUCUCUUUCAAUGUGACGUUCUCAUCCCGUUUCCCCAAAAUAAAUGGCUCUUGCCGCUGUGUGUGACUUCUUCAGCUGGGAAGUGAAUCAGCCUGGUGUGGUCUGCUCCAUGACUGGUGGUGUUUCUGUAAUGUGAUUUGUUGGUGCUUGCACUCAAAGCGGGUCAAGGGGAAGACUAUUGGUUUUUUAUUCCUGGAAACUCAGUGACUGUGAUUCAAAAGCUCUGUUACUCUGAGCAUGUCGAGUUUAUGACCACAAUACUGAAAAAUCUGUGCUGUAUCCAUUGGUCUACUAGAUCAACUUUAGCCUUUUGUAAAAUUGGUAACUCUGCAUUAAAAAAAAUGUUGUCCAGCUAUUAUUAUUAAAUUAUAUCUUGGCACCGGUACUGUAUUUUAAUGUAAAAUGCAGUCAUUGCUAGUAGAAAUGCAAUCGGCACUGGACAAAUUUAAUAUUAGUAUGAUUCAUCCUAACUGAUCGGGUUUGUUCAAAGCUGCUUCUAGGAACAGUGGUUUUCCAGUCUGCCAGAGAAGAAAUGAGCCAUACUAAUCCAUUGUUGGUACUCGUCCCGUUUUCCUUAUCAAGGAUGCUGGAUUUGCUUCAUUUGAUAUUUGCUCCACAGGUAUUUGGAGAACAGUAUAAGUGCAGGGUUUGUUUUCUUGGGUUGUAAGUCAUGGUGAGAUCUCACCUCCAGCCCAUCUGGCUCGUUCUUCACUGAGUGUUGACCAUGUGAGCAUCCACAGGCAUUCUGUAUUGUUUAUGUUCUUCUGACAUGAACGUAACAUCCUUUAUUUACACGCGCAUACACAUAUUCACACAGAACUCUAUAUGACAGCAAAUGACUUGAUAGCUUUCGAGAGUAGAAUCCAUGACUGAUAUUGUGCUUCCUGGCCUAGAGACAGUUGAAGUGCUUCAGUCCUGCCCUGGCUGAGAUCAGCUUACUUAGUGAGUGAACCAUUGUUCAAACUAGGGUACACCAUGUCGUUCGGCCAAGUUUUAUUUUAUAUUAAAAGACAUUUUUAGUUUUACUGUUUUUUAUACAUCCUCGGUGUGUUGGGAGCUGUACGUGUGAACUGAAUUUAAUCUAAAUAGGUUGAAAAAAUCAUUUAAUUUUGAAACAGGGUUUCGUGAUUUCUCUUCAAAUGGGAUUACUGCUUUAUAUUGGCCUCAGUAACCCCUCUCAGAGCUCAAAGGACUAAUUAAUCCCUAGUAAAGUGUGAAGUGCAGCAAGAUGCACCUCUUGCUGUCACUGACUGCAACUGAAAUAUAAGGAAACAAAACAUUAAGAUUAAAAAAAAAAUGCAAAUGCAGGGAAAUUAGGAGUUGAGACAGUGUCAAUUUUGCUUUGAAAUUAGGGUAUUGAAUUCAAAAUGUUUGGGGUCAAAACCUUUAUCAUGCUUGUGCAGUUCAAGAUGCUAAUGUUUGCAAUAUCACUGCAAAGUAUAAACCAUGUAAGAUGUAUCACUGUCUUGCAAUAUGUAAUGGCAGUUAUAGAAUGCAGUUGUUUUUAACUAGGCACAAGAUAGAGACCAUCUAAUGUUUCCAUCUACGUGUAUGUGUUUUAAACAUUGAUGUUGCAUAUUUUGCAUAAUGAAGUACAGUAUAAGGAAGUGCACCAAACACUUAGGUCUAAAUUGGAUAUCCCAAAACGUUCAGCUCGUGGACCCAUUACGUGUAGAGCAAAAAAGAAACCUUUUCUCACAAUAUCCAGUCCAUCCACAUCCCAAGCUGAUGAGACGUGCAUCCGUUCAAAAGGGAACUGGAACUCUAGAGGCCUGAAGAUCCACCUAGAUAUGGCCUACAAGACCUUUUUGCUUUCAAAUUUAAGAACGCAGAAUUGUAGAGCAAUUUUAAGUUCAUUAUUAAUUUGAAAAGUUUUUAAUGUGUAAUUGCAGAAAACUCCUAAAUUAAGACUUGAACAUUUUUACAAACAUCUGCAACUUUAAACUUUUAAGACAAAAUGGUCUCACGGGCUAAGACUAAGUGAAAUUUCAUGCCUCAAAGUGCCUUGCGUUAACUUAAAUAUCACUUUGGCUUUACAUUGGAGUUGUAGUAGAGCCCUUCAUCGAUUCAGUUGUGUUACUUCAAAUUUAUUUGUGUGUGUUUAAAAUGACACUUUUUUGGUGAAGAAAGUGCAUCAAUUAUCAAAUCUUCAGUUGAGGAUUGCAAUUUUUUAAUUGAAAGAUUAUUGUUUUGGAAGUUGGAGAAAUUCACCACAUAGUGUUUGCAGAAACUGCCAGCUUGAACCUUGGGGAAAUGCGAUUUGACUAAUACUAUAUCAUACCAUUUAAAUUUCAAGCGUUUCUUGUGUAAACCAAAAUGCUCCUUUUUACAUUAAAAAGGCACAUGCGCCAGUGUUGUCAUGUACACCCACAUUUACCAAAGGAGCUAGUUGUUUUGCAACAUUAAUGAUUUCAUAGCCUAUUUUUUAAAUAUUUGCUGUUGUAUGUAACAUCUUAAAUUAUCAUUGUGUAAUAUAAUGCACUUGUUAUGCUGUGGUGUAGCUGCUUGAAAGGUUCACAGAAAACACCUUGUUUACUUUCGAAGUGUAGAUCAAUGGACAUAAUUCAGUUUAUGAUAUUUAUACAUUUAUUUGCAACAAAACUAUUAUGGAUGCUGGAUCAAUUA